AUGCCAAUCCGUUUUCCGAUCACCAACUUGAAUAGUAAGCAGCAGCAGCAACAACCCAAAGCCACUGGAUCGAUCCAGCAUGCGAUUGACCCAUUUAUUUACGCGUAUAGCCCUCCCAACCCUUCUAUGAUGGAUUGGACACGUCACUAUCCCGAGUUUUAUCCUGCAAAGGAGGGCCAAGUGCAAAAGAAGGUUGAAUUUGCUGAUAUUGGAUGUGGUUAUGGUGGUUUGUUGAUCGCAUUGGCACCUCUAUUUCCCGACACGCUCAUGUUGGGUAUGGAGAUUCGAAUGAAGGUGGAAGACUACGUGUAUGAACGUAUCAAGGCUUUGCGUAUCCAGCAUCCAGGCUCCUAUCAAAACGUCUCCAUCAUGCGAAUGAAUGCUAUGAAGUUUUUGCCCAACUUUUUCGAAAAGGGUCAAUUGACCAAGAUGUUCUUUUUGUUCCCUGAUCCUCACUUUAAGCAACGGAAACACAAGGCUAGAAUCAUCAGUCACACAUUGUUAGCCGAAUAUGCUUAUGCUCUUCGUGUCGGUGGCAUUUUGUAUACAAUCACGGAUGUCAAGGAUUUGCAUGAAUGGAUGGUCAAGCAUCUUGAAGAACAUCCCUUGUUUGAACGUAUCUCGGAUGAAGAAUGUGAAAAGGAUCCAGUGGUUCCCCAUGUACGCACAGCAACAGAAGAAGGCAAAAAGGUGGAACGUAAUCAAGGAGAUAAAUAUCUUGCAUGCUAUCGUCGUAUUGAAGAUCCUUAUCAAGCAUAA